GCUGCCGCACAUCCGCUGCAUCCCCUGAGGCAGCUUAUGGGACCCUUCCCUGGGCGCCCCAGGUCACACUGCAUGGGAUGGCAAUGACACGUGGAAAGAAGAGGCCCAUGUCCCCCAUCCCUUGCCUCAUGCUUGCAGCUGCUAGCUGCUUUGCCAAACUAAGUGAAUCUCUGCAGGUCACAGUGCAGCCUGCUUCCAUUGUCCAAAAACUCGGGGGACCAGUCAGCCUGGGGUGUGUGGUGGAUCCCCCCAGAGUGAACCUCACCUGGAGACUGAAUGGGAGGGAGCUGGCUGGAUCAGAUGAGGUGCUGGGUAUCCACGUGGAGCGAGGGAAACUGGUCAUCACGGCUCUCAACAACCACACUGUGGGCCGAUACCAGUGCAUCGCCCGUGUGCCUGAAGGAGUCAUUGCCAGUGUCCCUGCAGUGGUCACCUUAGCUAAUCUCAAAGAUUUCAAGUUCGAUGGCCAGCACGUGAUCGAGGUGGAUGAGGGGAACACGGCCGUGAUCGCCUGUGACCUGCCUGAAAGUCACCCCAAGGCUCAGGUCCGCUACAGUGUGAAGCAGGAGUGGCUAGAGGCCUCCAGAGACAAUUACCUUAUUAUGCCAUCUGGGAACCUUCAGAUUGUCAAUGCCAGCCAAGAGGAUGAGGGGACUUAUAAAUGUGCUGCCUACAACCCUGUGACGCAGGAGGUGAAAACGUCGGUCUCCAGUGAAAGGCUUCGUGUGAGACGCUCCACAGCAGAGGCAGCCCGGAUAAUCUACCCCCCUGAAGCUCAGACCAUUAUUGUCACCAAGGGCCAAAGCCUCAUCCUGGAGUGUGUGGCCAGUGGGAUUCCCCCACCGCGGGUCACCUGGGCCAAAGAUGGCUCUGGUGUCUCUGCGUACAACAAGACGCGCUUCCUGCUCAGCAACCUCCUGAUCGACCCCACGAGUGAGGAGGACUCGGGCACCUACAGCUGCACAGCUGACAAUGGGGUUGGGGAGGCUGGAGCUGCAUUCAUCUUCUACAAUGUGCAGGUGUUUGAACCCCCAGAGGUCACGAUGGAGCUGUCCCAGCAGAUCAUUCCUUGGGGCCAGAGUGCCAAGUUCACCUGCGAGGUGCGAGGGAACCCCCAGCCCUCCGUCAUGUGGCUGCGCAACGCCGUGCCCCUCGCUGCCAGCCACCGGCUCCGGCUGUCCCGCCGGGCAAUGCGGCUGGUCAGUGUGGGGCCUGAGGAUGAUGGUAUAUACCAAUGCAUGGCAGAGAAUGAGGUUGGCAGUGCACAAGCCAUGGUGCAACUGAGGACAGCCCGGCCAGGAGCUACACUCAACCCUGGGAGAGAGACCCACCUGGGCUCGGCUCAGCCUCCAACACCACCUUCUAGGGACAGUGCCUUAAAGCUGCCUCUGGAUAAAGCUGGACUGCCAAAGCCUGGGACAACCCCACUGGCAGUGUCUCCACAGUGUGCAGCCAACAGGGAGCUGGUGACUCCAGCUGAGGCUCCCAUCAUCCUCAGUUCUCCCCGGACAUCCAAGACGGACAGUUACGAUCUGGUGUGGAGACCCCGACCGGACAGCAGAGCCCCCAUCCUCUAUUAUGUGGUGAAGCAUCGCAAGCAGGUCACCAAUGCCUCGGACAGCUGGGCAGUGAGGGACGUCCCAGCCUCGCAGCACCGCCUGACCCUCACCAGGCUGGACCCUGGGAGCCUUCCGGGGAGCCUCUACGAGGUGGAGAUGGCUGCUCACAACUGUGCCGGCGAGGGACAGACAGCCAUGGUGACCUUCCGGACUGGUCGUCGCCCAAAACCCGAGAUUGUUGCCAGCAAAGAGCAGCAAAUCCAGAGGGAUGACCCGGGCACGAGCACUCAGAGCAGCAACCAGUCCGACAACAGCCGUCUGUCCCCUCCAGAGGCACCAGACCGUCCAACCAUCUCCAUGGCAUCAGAGACAUCUGUGUAUGUGACCUGGAUUCCCCGUGGGAACGGUGGGUUCCCCAUCCAGUCUUUCCGUGUGGAAUAUAAGAAAUUGAAGAAGUUGGGAGACUGGGUCCUGGCCACCAGUGACAUUCCUCCCUCUCGCCUCUCUGUGGAAAUCCCAGGCCUGGAGAAAGGCACAUCCUAUAAAUUCCGUGUCCGGGCACUAAACAUCCUGGGAGAGAGCGAGCCCAGUGCGGCAUCUCGGCCAUACGUGGUGUCUGGGUACAGCAACCGCGUCUAUGAGCGCCCCGUGGCCGGGCCAUACAUCACCUUCACAGAUGCCAUCAACGAGACCACCAUCAUGCUGAAGUGGAUGUAUAUCCCAGCUAGCAACAACAACACUCCCAUCCAUGGAUUUUACAUCUACUACCGCCCCACUGACAGUGACAAUGACAGCGACUACAAGAAGGACGUGGUGGAAGGAGAUCGGUACUGGCACUCCAUCAGCCACCUGCAGCCAGAGACCUCAUAUGACAUUAAGAUGCAAUGCUUCAACGAGGGUGGUGAAAGCGAGUUCAGCAACGUGAUGAUCUGUGAAACCAAAGCUCGGAAGUCUCUUGGUCUGCCAGGUCGUCUUCCACCCUCCACAGUGCCCCCCCAGCAGCAUCCCCCACUCAGUGGUGGGCACAGUGGCCUGGGCACAGGAGCCAUGGUGGCCCGUUCCAGCGACUUGCCAUACUUGAUUGUAGGCGUUGUGCUGGGUUCUAUCGUACUCCUCAUCGUGGCUUUCAUCCCCUUUUGCCUUUGGAGAGCCUGGUCCAAGCAGAAGCAAACCAUUGACAUGGGCUUCCCAGGAGCUGGGCUGCUGGUAUCGUCCUGCCAGUACACCAUGGUGCCUCUGAGGGGCAUCUCUGCUCCUCGUGCCAAUGGACAUCCUUAUGUUAAUGGGCAGCCCUACACCAACAGGGCACAUCUGAAUGGCAUCUGCCCCUCCACAGGAGUGGGGUAUGCAAGCACCAAGCCCAGAGAUUACAGCCCGGAUGAAGUGCCAACGUCGCACGAGGAGACCAACGCCUUGCUGCAGGCAAGAGUGCUGCAAAAUGGGAAUGCACACCAAGACUACCAGCCCUCCAGAUUGCCCAGCUCAAGAACAGAAGACAGCUCUUUCCUCUACAGUCUCCCAGAUGACUCCACUCACCAGCUUCUUCAGCCACAAGAUGACUGUCCUCACCUUCAAGAGCACUUUGUUGGCCUCCAUCAUCCAGUGAUGGGCAGCAAAGCGGGAGGUCCUAGCCUGGAUGCUCGACGGGAUCCCCUGUUCCACCAAGGAAGCCCUUGCUGCCUAGGCCUGGUGCCAGUUGAGGAGGUAGAAAGACUAGAUUGCUGCCGGUCCAGAGGAGAUCUUCAUCCCCAGAAUCCAGUGAUCACAUCUUUGGGUCAGGACCUACCAAGACAUCUGAACAGCAGCCCACCACCACUGAGGCCCUUAGAGACUCAUCCUCCCACCAGCUAGGGACCAAGCUGCCUUUUGCAAAAGACUUAUUC